AUGCUUCUGGAAGCGGCCCCCGGCAACAAUCACAACCCGCACCUUCUGCUACAGCCACCCGCCUCCCAGCCACAUCCUCAUCUUCACUCCCACCACCACCACCACCACCCGUUGCACCCGCAGCAUCCGCAUUCGCAGGCCGUAGCCAUGGUGGCCGCGGUGCAAGCGGCUGCUGCCCUAACGGCGGUCAAAAGUGCAACGAACUUCUCGAUCGCGGCCAUCAUGGCGCAGGGUAACAACAAUAACAACAACAACAACAACGGUGGAAGUCCCAGCAACACGAGCGGUCCUGGAAGCGAACAAACUCCGGCGGCCAACACCCGGCUAGAGGAUGGCAAUUACCGACCCCGCUCGCGCACUCCCGAACGCGUUUCGGAUGCGGCCGAGGAGGAAAUCAACGUCAACGUCGAGGACUGCAGUGAUUCGGAGGAAAGCACAGAACAAGCGCGCGAAACACACUCACGCACAGCCUCCACACCGGCCAGCGUUUCGGACGAGGAUCGCCUUUCACCAGAGAUCGCACAGAAAGCUCCCAAAAUCGUUGGAUCCUGCAACUCGGAGGAUCUACGACCAGUUCAGUGCCACCUCGAGACGAAAGAGCUGUGGGAUAAGUUCAACGAGCUCGGUACCGAGAUGAUCAUCACCAAAACUGGAAGACGCAUGUUCCCAACCGUUCGCGUGUCCUUUUCGGGUCCGAUACGCCACCAAACCGCCGCCGAUCGGUACGCAGUACUUCUCGACAUCAUUCCGCUUGACAACAGACGCUAUCGGUACGCGUACCACCGUUCAGCGUGGCUUGUGGCUGGAAAAGCCGAUCCACCACCACCGGCACGGCUCUACUCGCAUCCGGACACCCCGAUCGGUCCCGACGCUCUACGCCGGCAGGUGAUCUCGUUCGAGAAGAUCAAACUCACCAACAACGAGAUGGACAAGACGGGCCAGAUCGUGCUGAACUCGAUGCACCGCUAUCAGCCACGCAUUCAUCUGGUGCGGAUUGGACCCAACCAAUCCGUACCGACGAGUCCGGCCGAAUUGCAGGAGCUCGAUCACAAGACGUUCGUUUUUCCCGAGACGAUCUUCACCGCUGUGACCGCGUAUCAGAACCAGCUGAUCACGAAGCUUAAGAUCGACUCGAACCCGUUCGCCAAAGGCUUCCGUGAUUCCUCGCGGCUGAAUGACUUCGAUCGCGAUCCUAUGGAAUCGUUCCUGCUCGAGCAACACCUUCGAUCGCCAUUGCGGCUUUUCCCGGAUCAAGUGAUGGCACAAUUGGGUGGUGCCGGUGGUGCCAUGCCACCCUCCAUGCAGUCAACCGAUCCGUCCGUGUUGCUGGAGAAAGCACGCCAACAGCUACACCUGUGGGGAAGUCCAUCAGCGGCCUACAGCGAACUGAUGCUGCAACAACUCUACCACCAGCGGCCCAACUUUGGGCUCAACUUUGGACCACUCUGGCAAAGCCAAUGGCCAGCUCAGUUGCCGCCGGGUUUCCUUCCAAAUGUGGCUCCACCACCAGCACACACCCCCGCAAUGCAGGGUGUUGCUGCUGCCGCCGCCGCUGCUGCCGCUGCCGCCGCCGCUGCCGCUAAUGCUGGAGGCGGCGCUGGUGGUGCGUCCUCAAGUUCCUCGUCGUCACCGUCGGGUGCUGGAUCGACUUCCGGUUGCUCACCGGAAGUGCGCCCGAAAUCGUUCGCCCGCUUCACACCCUACCAGAUCCCGCAGCAUCCUUCCUCGCCCGCACCCAACCCACCCACCCACCCACACCAUUCGCCCGCACCACGAUCCGGAUCGCCCGGUUCGUCUCGGUCACCAUCGCACUAA